AUGAAGAUAUAUUAUAUCGGUAUUUUCAAGCCUUUAGGCACCGAAAAAGCUAUUGAAUUGACAUCGGUCAGUGAUUUAUCCUCGUUUGGCUAUUUUGAACGGUCAUCUGUGGGGUCAUUCAUGAAGUUCUUUGCUGAAACCGUGGUUGCCAGAACUUCUGCUGGCCAAAGACAAAGUGUCCAACAGAAUAAAUAUAUGGGUCAUGUUUACAUGAGAUCUGAAGGGGUUGGGGCCGUUAUUUUGACUGACCAAGAAUACCAAAUCAGACCAGCUUAUGGUUUAUUGAACAAAGUUUUGGACGAAUUCAUCUCCACUUACCCACCAAGCCAAUGGUCGUCAAUUACCACUGCUCCAAAUACUAGCACUUUCAAAAUGCCAUCUUUGGACACCUAUAUCAAGAAGUAUCAAGACCCUUCCCAAGCAGAUGCGAUAAUGAGAGUUCAAAAGGAAUUAGAUGAGACCAAGAUUGUGUUGAAUAAAACCAUCGAGAAUGUAUUGAAGAGAGGUGAAAAUUUGGACUCCAUGGUUCAGAAAUCUGAAACCUUAGGUAUUAGCUCCAAAAUAUUUUACGAACAGGCUAAGAAGACUAACUCGUGCUGUAUCAUUAUGUGA